AUGGCUCCCGCCAAGCCCAGCAACAAUGUCUCCUCCAACGGCGACACUUCCGCUCCGCUCGCCGACUACUUCUUCAUAGCAGGCAUCGAGUCCACCCAGGUCUACGACGAGAAAGUGCAGGCGGCGCCUCCCGCAGCUCCUGUGGAGGACACUAUCGACGAGGACCGGGAGUUGGAGAUUGACAAUGUCAAUGGCGGUCGUCCCACAACCCCAGGCUCGCCUACAGAAACCGUGCAGAGGAGGUCACGUUACAGCUUCGAAGCGAGAAAAAGCAUUGGCAGCAUCAUCAAUGGUCUGGACGAGAAGAUACCUUCGAGCAAUCGCAGCAGCACAACGAUCAGAGCAGUGCAGAUAGGAGCGGGAGCAUUGGACGAUGAUGCCUUCGAAGAGGCGCUUAAGAAGUUCGCUACGGAGAGGGACAGCUUUUUGGAAGACAUCCAUGUGCAAGCGGGCACGGUAACAUCGCACAAUCCGCAAAAGAGGCCAUCGCACAGGCCGAAGACGGUUCGCAUCAAUCAGGAUGAGAAUAAUUUGACUGCAAAUGGUCUCAAGAGUGGAGUUGGCAGUCUGCGAAGGAGGUUGUCGACCAUGAACAGCAUGAAGAGAGCGUCCAGCCGGAGUUCGGUCAGGCAGUCGAAACGCUUGAGCGGGUACAAUAGCGUUAUUCCUUCGCCGCAGCCAUUUCAGACGCCUGCAGAUAUGCACCCUCUGCAACGAAGUUACGAACCCGUACUGCUGGACAGAUACCCCACGAAGACCAUGGUGGACGAAUCGAAGCGACGGACGCCCUUCCCGGAUUAUGUUCCAAUGUUUACGUUUCCAAACGAUGUGAAAGUGGUCACCUCAGACGAAAGACCGCGAUCAACAUGGCAUGGGUUCGCAAUGACAAACUCCGACAACAGCAAGCUUUAUGGUGUGACGGUCACCAUUUGGGUGCCGCUGAACAACACAGCAUCUGAUGCUCUCGAGCAGCAGUGUGAGCAGUGGAGACAAACGAAUAUGCGACCCGAAGAACGAGAAUUGGCCAACAGCUUAGGAGAGAGGCUUUCGAGCGAAAGAGCGAAGCUUAGCAGACUUCUGGCGGAAUUGCCGAGCGUAGAAUCUGAAUCUGACGAGCGUGAGCAGCUUGAAGAGGAGAUUGCAGCUGUGGAAGAGAAAAUUGGACUGAUGAACGACCUUUUGAGGCCUGUCCGACAUGGAGCCGCAUCCAAGAUUGAUGGCCUAACAGAAGGUGACACCGGUUUUUGGAUACCGCGCGCAUAUGGUGUACUUGGGAAAGACGCCAACAUGACCAGUUUCUGGAAGGAAUGGUUGAAGGCCAUCAUUGUACCAAUGACGAACGGAGCCAUCUUGCGAGUGCCGGCUUCUUCGCCAAAGGUGGGACUAUGGCAGCCUCUGGAACGAUACGUCUGCAACCUAUGCAUAGAAGCACUCAGCCCCAUCACUUCCAUCACACAAGUCGAGGUUGCCAUUCGAGAUUUACGACUCUACGCACGGAAAGAAGCCAUCAACGAGCUGCCAGGGUCUCGCAACAACGAUCUCUACGCCCUUUUCCGGUGUCUCACCAUUCCCAACAUCAUCACAUUACUGGAAUUUGCACUUUCCGAAUCGCGAAUCGUGUUGGUGUCGUCACAUACAGCUAUGCUGCAGCUGGCUUGUCAAGCGCUGACGAGUCUGCUGUACCCGAUGAAGUGGUCUGGAGUGCUGAUCCCUGUUCUGCCCUAUCGGUUGAUUCAGGCUCUCGAAGCGCCUUGCCCUUAUAUUGCAGGCAUUGAGAAGCGGUAUCCGACCUGGCAAGAUCACAUGCCAGACGAUGACUACUGCAUGGUCGAUCUCGAUAAGAACGAGAUUCACAGUACGGAGCAGCCCAUUUCGUUACCGAGACCACAGCGACGGAAGCUGCAAGCGCUACUCCAGCAAGCAGCACCACACCAUCUGCGUUUUGGCGUACCCGUUGGGCCUCCUCCAUACGCGAUAGAGACGUACCCUUGUGAUAUGUUCUCAUCGGAGAACCCGCAAGUCUUCACGUCAAAAGCGGCGCCAACGACAUUGGCGAACUACGUCAGCGAGAGCUCGACAACGUUCGGUGACGCUACGAGCCUACCAUCGGUGUCGAAGCAGGCCGUCUUCAAUGCAUUCGUGUCGCAACGACCUGACUCGGCACAUCGUCACAAUGAGAGGCCAUCCACCAGCUCGACGAGCAAGAACAGCCAGUCUUCGAGCGCAUCGCCGCCAUCUCCAACCACCACACCAUCGCCAGUAUCGACCAACUUUCCACUCACACCUACAGGGGUAUCACGGAAUGACUCAGGUUUCGCGCUGCAGGCAUCGCUUCGAGAGAAGCGGUCUGGCCACUUCACUGAUGGCCUCUCGCGCCGCAACUCAGCUGUAACGUCUCUCUUCAAUGCAAGGAAUCCUUUCCAGGACAAGACUAAUACCCAAACCCAGCUCGGUCCUGACCGCAUGAAUACAGUGCGCCGACCCAGCGCACCUCUCCCUGGUCAGCAGAGCGCGCCUGUACUUGGUCACCAUCCCAGCAUGUCCACUUCUACCCUGGGGGGCACGACUUUGAACGGUGCAGGCUCGACAUACGCACCUAGCAUAUAUGCACCGAGCACGAUGGCUCCCAGCACGAUCAUGCAGCCACAACUCGUCCAGCGCGUGCAAGAUACCGAUACGACGAAGUGGGUGGAGGGUCACUGCUUGCAACGGCGCCGACCUGAUACAAAGACUUACUGCACCAUCUGCGACGAACGGUGUGAUGAUGAAGUCUUCAAAUGCACUGGUUGCGGCAUGACCAUACACGGGCGCUGCGCAAUGGCGACCUGCAUCGUCUGCCCCGUCGCAUUCCGUGCGGAUCAAGUACGAGCAGCUUUCGUCCGCUGCUUCGCCUCACUCUUCUACACUUACCGAAAAUGCAUGCAGCACGCUUCCGGCGCUCACAGGAAGCAAGGAAUGGUCUACCACUUCAACAUGGACCAAUUCAUCAAGAGCGUCCCUCAUGGCGACAGCGAGUACAUGAGCAUGCUACGACAGACCCAAGCAUUCAACGAGUUCAUCCACGAACGCGAAUCGACACGAGCCGAGGAUCCUUCCAUCAAGCUUUUCGACGAAAUCAUCUUAUCGAAGCGAAACAGAGGGCGAAGCUCUUUCUUCUCGAAGUCGCAUACUUCUUUCCUAUCAGAUACGUCUGAUCACCUUUGGCGUUCGGCAGCGGCAACUCUACCCAAUGGACGACCGAGCGAUACUCGGGCUAGUGCUGGGCGUACUCCUGCUAAGCUUGAUCCGACUUUGAUGAAGGAGCCACGAUCUAUACAAGGCGCGCCGCGAUUGGGGCAGGCCAAGACGAAGCGCAAGCCGGUUGCUAGUAUGCUCAUCAAUACUCAGACUCUAUCACCCGAGCCUUGA